CAGCGAUUCACGAGCGCUCCUGUGUAUGGGGCUGGCUGUUGGCUGUCAUGCUUCCUGCCACAGAUGGAUGCCUGCAGCUGAGCGCGCAAGGGCCGUGGGAAUUGCCAUGGCGGGCUUUACCUUGGGAAAUAUGGUUGGCCUUCUAUCAGCGCCCCUUUUAAUGCGUGUAUUUGGGAACAGCACUGGCCCAUUCAUUGCAUUUGGACUCAUAGGCUUGCUUUGGCUACCCCUGUGGUUGACGUCCGUCACCGCCGACCCCCGGCAGCACCCCAACCUCGAUCCUGCGGAGUUGGCCUACAUCACGGGUGGUGGUUAUCCGCGGACGACUGAAGGGUCAGGAGUGCCAGGAAGAGCGGGGCGCGGGGGGGGUAAAGGAGGGGACUUGCCUUUGCCUGCAGCGGGACCGGGCCCGAUGAAGGCCGGAAAGGCAUCACCAUCAACAAGGCUCCUCCCUAUGUCCGUCCUACUACGAAAGCCUGCGGUCUGGGCCAACAUCGUUGGGAACGUCGUCAAUAAUUGGGGAUUCUUCAUAUUGCUAUCCUGGAUGCCUGUCUACUUCAAAAAGGUAUUUGGGGUUAAUCUUCGGGACGCAGCUUGGUUCUCGUCUGGACCGUGGGCAGUGAUGGCAGUCGUCGGAUAUGUGGCAGGCAUGAUCGCCGACUGGAUGGUACACGAUCUCCGCAUGGACAUAUCAACGGUCCGGAAAUUCAUGCAGUGUUUGGGAUUUCUAGGGCCAGCAAUUGGGUUGACGUUGUUGCGCUCGGCAUCUCGGCCAGAAACCGCCUCCCUUUUCUUGACCCUUUCCUUGGGGCUAAGUGCAUGUAGUCAGGCUGGCUUCAUUGUCAAUUUCCAGGACCUGGGCCCAAAGCAUGCGGGAUUGCUUCACGGCAUGGCAAAUACUGUGGGGACUGCAGCCGGGAUUCUUGGCACUGUGAUUGCAGGCUGGCUGGCAGAGACGACGGGAUCAUUCCGAACGGUACUUAUCGUUACGUCUAUCGUCUAUGCAGCUGGCGCAGCCUUUUGGACAUCCUUUGGAACGGCUCAGCAGCUAUUUGAUUGAUUCCCAGUUCUAAACUGCAGAACUCAGAGGUAAAAAUAGCUGAACGGAUGUAUGUAUGUAUGUAUGGAUGGAUGGACGGCUCACACUUGGAGUGAGUCAAUCGAAGAGGCUGGAUGAGUGAUUCAAACUAAAGCAAUAGCAAGUGUCGUAGCAAAAUCCGGAAGAUCGGCAAGAUAAAAGUAACUAGAGUUA